CAACACUACAAAUCUAUUACAUUUAUUGAGCUUAUUUGGCCAUGGCUGCUGACGGUUAUGAAGGUGAUGUCAAGUAUGGAGGGUUGUUCAAACAGUCUGGCUUCUUCAAACCUAAUAACAACAAAAGUUGGGGAAAACGAUUUUUCUUAUUCAAUACACGGACCAUGCUGUUACAGUACUGGCCUGGUGAGGAAGAAAGGAUAUUUAAGGUCGAGCAAGCAGUUAGUGGUCCACCCCGAAGCUCUAUCUCUCUACUCACUUCAAAUCUUGUUGUAGAGUCACUCCCUGUGGAGAGAUCCAUGUUCGGACAAAAGUUUCCCAUCAAGAUAUCGGCGGGACCAGCUUUUUCUGGAAGAGUUCUGGUUCUUGCCGCUAGCAGUUUUGUUGCUAGAGAAACUUGGAUAAAGGCUAUUCAGAAUUCUAUUGAAAACUUAAAAGAGAGACAAAGGGUUAAAGUAAUACAGACGAAGAUUGUCAAGGACCCCAACCAGGCUGGGUAUAAUUCACUAGAAAACCAGUACAUGAUGGUAAAGGAGAAGGAGUCCCAAGUCAAGGAGUUGGAGCAGAAAAUUUCUCGAACCAUUGUUCAAUGCGAUAUGUUGAGGGGUAGGGAUAAAAAAUUGUAUGCCAUGCAAGAAAGGCUAAUGAUAGCUCAUCGAGAUAUUGAGGACAAACUCUACUCGAUGACCCAGGAAGAAAAUAAUCCCAAGCGCCGGUUCAAGUUUAUCAAUGUGAGUGUGGCUCAGACAAUGUUUGAAGAGCUGCCGAUUGGUAUUUACAGACACACUGCAGUGGACUGGAUCAAUGUUAAGACAGGGAAGAAGGGUAACAAGUUGAAUAUACCAAAUGAUGAUAUGCGUAAAAAGAUUCUUCAACCAGGCGAAAAACCCUACUCUGAAGUUCAAAUAAGACUGAGUAACAGAGCUGUGCUAGAGGAGGAUAGAGAGCACCCAGCGUGGAGACUCGAGGAUAAGCAGUACCAUCCUUAUGUUACCUAUAAUACUGUAGCAGAUGGUAUCGAUAAGCAAUAUGAUGAUUCUCCGAAAACAUUUAUAAACGACGCCACCGGAGAACACCAGAUCAGAAUUAUCAACAACGGAGAGGAUUACGAUGCAAAAUCCCUGAAGGAGAUGAACGUGUUCGAUUUUCUGAAGUCAGAUAAGUUCCGACCCGGUUUCCAUCUAGAUUUACGUCGUGAUAAAGCAGACGGUGAAGAUCUGCCUGAUGACGAGGUAUUGAAAACAAAUGAAGAGCAAGUCGAGUUCUUGGAUAAAGCGUCGAGACACCAGGACCGCCCAUUGGGUAUGAAUGAAGCCGUGAGAGAUUAUACUCGGGGUAGAAAUAGCACACCUUUCGAUUCAGUUUGGGAAGAACGUUACCAAGUUGACAAUUCUGGUCACAGAUUUUAAGAGAUCAACGAAAGUGAUUUAUUAGCUUUGUAUGCAGUUAACAUGGGCAUUAAGAUUGAGAUUUGACUGGAUGCACAUUUGUGUGUUGUCAUUUCUGAUGAUUUUGUAGCCGGAUGGUUUUUUGUUGUCAUUUCAUAUAAUAGCUUUGUGUUUAUUUCAGACAUAUAUUGACAUUGUGCUGUUUGAGAACAUUCGUUAAUUAUACUGUAAAUGUAACCGAGAUAAUCGAAAUCGUUGAUUAUAUUAUUUGUAUUGUUAAAA